GGCAGGAGGAUCCUGGUAAGACUAUCCCAGGAAAAGCCACUACUCGGAGGACAUUCCCAGCGGCAGCAGCGGCGGAGGAGGCAGCCCCAGCAUGAAGGUGAAGAAGUGAGAAGUACCUCACUGAAAUACUGAAAAAAACCACUCCUGUCUCACUGAAUUUGCUCUUUGGGGACUUCAGGAUGGAAGCUUUGUGUUUAAGAAUUUCCCUGCUGCUGCUGCUGAUUUCGGGAUCUGUUCUGGGUGACAGUUCUGAUAGAUACGUUGCCAAUUGGAGUGACUUGGGAAACCACCUUUCCACUUUCUCAGGGAUUGAAUCCAGCAUUCUUCACACCACCAGACAGCCCCUGGUGUCCAACCAAACUGUCAAGUGCACCCAGCCGACUAAGAUCGCGGAGACUUUUAAAUACAUCAACACGGUGGUAUCUUGUGCUAUUUUCAUCGUUGGAAUGGUUGGGAAUGCAACUCUGCUGAGGAUCAUUUACCAGAACAAGUGUAUGAGGAAUGGCCCCAAUGCACUGAUAGCCAGUCUGGCACUAGGAGACCUUAUCUAUAUUGUCAUUGAUAUCCCUAUCAUUGUGUACAAGCUCCUUGCUCAGAAGUGGCCUUUUGGAGAUACAGAAUUUGGACAGUUUCUUUGCAAAUUCCUUCCCUUUAUCCAGAAGGCAUCGGUGGGAAUCACAGUCCUUAACCUCUGCGCACUCAGUGUGGACAGGUACAGAGCAGUUGCCUCCUGGAGCCGUGUCCAGGGAAUUGGAAUCCCUAUGAUCACUGCUAUUGAAAUCUUCUCCAUUUGGCUUCUGUCCUUCAUCCUGGCUAUCCCAGAAGCAAUUGGUUUUGCUGUGGUGCCUUUCAAAUACAAGGAGCAAAGUUUUGUUACCUGCAUGCUUAGACCUACAAAUGCUUUUAUGUUUUUCUACAAAGAUGCAAAGGAUUGGUGGCUGUUUGGUUUCUACUUCUGCAUGCCACUGGCCUGUACUGCCAUCUUUUAUACACUCAUGACUUGUGAAAUGUUAAACAGAAGAAACAGCAACUUGAGAAUUGCUCUCAGUGAACACCUUAAGCAGCGUCGAGAAGUUGCAAAGACAGUUUUCUGCUUAGUUGUGAUUUUUGCCCUUUGCUGGUUCCCUCUCCACUUGAGCCGAAUUUUGAAGAAAAUGGUAUAUGAUGAAUCAGACCCCAGCAGAUGUGAACUGCUCAGCUUCUUGCUGCCACUGGAUUAUAUCAGCAUCAACCUGGCAACCAUGAAUUCUUGUAUAAACCCCAUAGCUCUGUAUUUUGUGAGCAAGAAGUUUAAAAACUGUUUCCAGUCAUGUCUUUGCUGUUGCUGCUCCCAGUCCAAGAGCCUAGUGACUUCAGUACCAAUGAAUGGAACGACCAUUCAAUGGAAAACUCAAGAACUAAACAAUCACAAUACAGAUCGAAGCAGCCACAAAGACAGCAUAAACUGA